UGAACGCGGCGCGUCGGGAGAAACUAUCCGGAGCUUGUCGGCGAAGAAAAUGACCCACAUUGGUUUUACUACAAACUCAAGCAGAUAAACGUGGUACCUUCAGGUGUUUGGAAACUGCUCCCAAGGAUGUACCAGACUUGUGAGGGCCAUGAUUUUGUUCUGAGGUCUUGGCUGAUUUCUUUUGAUUUUCCCAUGAUGUCAAGCAAAGAGGCACUGAGUUUGAAGGCAGGCCUUAUAAGACAUCCACAGAACUCUCUAGAAACUGUCUAAAUGGAGAUGGCGUAUUUCAAGAACAACUUUUGGGGAGAAAAGAAUGCCGGUUUCGAUGUUCUCUACCACAACAUGAAGCAUGGACAGAUAGCCACCAAAGAGCUUGCUGAGUUUGUGCGCGAGAGGGCGGCCAUUGAGGAGACCUACUCGAAAUCCAUGAGUAAACUGGCCAAGAUUGCUAGCAAUGGAAGCACUCUUGGCACGUUUGCCCCCAUGUGGGACGUGUUUCGCGUGUCCUCGGACAAACUGGCCCUCUGCCACCUGGAGCUCAUGAAGAAGAUGAACGACCUCAUCCGUGACAUCAACAAGUACAGCGAGGAGCAGGUCAAAAUUCACCGCAAGACGAAGGAGGAGGCGAUCGGGACUCUGGAAGCUGUGCAAUCUCUUCAGGUGCAGAAUGCCCACCUACAGAAAUCCAGAGAAGGCUACCACAGCAAGUGUGUAGAGCUUGAGAGACUACGCAAAGAAGGAGCGCCUCAGAAAGAGCUAGAAAAGGCUGAGCUGAAGUCUAAGAAGGCGGCUGAGUCUUUUGCAGUGUCAAUAGAAAAGUUUAACCGUGCUGGAGGAGACUUUGAACAGAAGAUGAAUGAAUCAGCACAGAAAUUUCAGGAUAUUGAGGAGGCUCAUUUACGACAGAUGAAACUACUGAUCAAAGGAUAUUCCCACUCCAUUGAAGACACACAUGUGCAGGUUGGGCAGGUCCAUGAGGAAUUCAAGCAGAAUGUGGAGAACACUGGCAUUGAGAAUCUUAUUCAAAAGUUUACAGAGCAGAAGGGAACGGGGAAAGACAGACCAGGUCAAGUCGGGUUCGAGGAGUAUCUGUCCUCCCUGGUACCUGAGAACAGUAAAAAGAGUCGUACCAAAGCCUUCAGGAUCCCCGGACUGGGAAAGAGAGACAAGGAACCUGACUCAACUGAUUCAGCUGUCGCAGAUGCUCUUAACGCGUCCCUUGAAGUGGACGAUGAGGGCUUUGUGAUACGUGCUGACAUCAACCAGAAUGGUUGUGCUGCUGAGGACAAAGAGGGCAAUUUUUACUCCAGCGACUCCGAUUUUGAUGAUGAAGAACCCAAGAAAUUUCACAUUCAGAUCCGACCGGUCACCAGCAUUAACCAUAGCAGUUCAACAGCCAAUGAACUAGAGCUGAAGGCUACAGUGGGGGCAUUGACCUUGGCCACAAACAGAGCGGUGUCAGUAAAGAAGCAGCUCUCACGACAUUCCAGUUCAGCAGGUCGAUCUGAAGGGGAAGGAGAAAGUGUUCACCACAGAGAUGGAGAACAUGAGGGUCUGCGCAGAUCCACAUCUAGCCCAGAUCACAGCAGGUUGAGCUCCACAGCAUCCGGUUCUGAUGCUCUUUUUGGACCUCCUCUGGAGUCGGCCUUUAAAUCCCACAGCUUUGCUGGCAGAGAGCAGCUCCAGAACGCCUUCGCUGCAUCUGAAUAUGCAGCAUUCUCCUCUGAUUCAUCCUCUCCUGAGAAUGUGGAGGAUUCUGGGCUGGAUUCACCUUCCCAUCUGCCUUUUGGGGUGUCCCCAGAUUCCACUGGUUGGGCAGCCUGGCCACCUACUCAGUCACAGUCAAAAGACUCUGUGAACAAGGGCCGAUCCUCUGACCCCUUUCUAACUGCGUACCAUGACCCCUCGCCCGGUCGGUCUCCUCUCCCGCAAGACGACCCCAACAAUGCCUGGCCUUCCAAUUUAUGCUUUCCACGUGCACCACCCGACAUUGAGCCCACCACCUUUAGCUUCCCGGCCUUCUCCCACAGCCUUGCAUCUUCAGAACUUGAACCCUCCAUGUGGAGCUGUAAACACAUCCCUCCAGAGGACCCCUUCCUGGCUGCCUUUGAACGAUCGGCCCCCAAGGACAACCUGCCUCCUUCUGAUGCUUGGGCCCCACCUCCCCCUCGGCCCAUCAGAGACAGCAGGAGUGUGGAGGGCCGCACUGACUGCUUUUCCGUCUCUCCAAAUGACACUAAGACCCUACCAACCCCUUCCUCUACACGCAAGGUUCGAGAGAGGAAAAGAGAUCGUAGUGUCCCACCUACAGAGUCCCCUGACGAUCCGUUUGCUAUUACUAUGAUUGGCAGUCCAACGCAUCAAUCAUCUCUGGCAGCGCAGGCAGCUGCUCAAAACAGAGGCAGUGGGAAUAGGCCAACAACCAGUCCUAACCCCGCCCCCAGUUCUUUGCUGAAAAAAGAGCUGGUGCACUGGAACUCUGUGCAUAACCCCUUUAGUGAGGGUGCUCAGAGCAAUAGCACCAACACUCAAGAGCCAACCAGAAAGCAGAGAUCAUUUAACAGUGAGCCUCGCAGGAAUGGACCACCACUCACACGGCAUUCAGGGCCACAGGAGGACCUCUGCUUCUCUACGGACAAAGACCAGAACUGCCUGGAUAUUAACACACAACCAGUCUCCCAGCAUGGUUUUAGGCAGGACAGCACUGAGCGUCUGGCUUUGGCUCCCCCUCGCUCAGUUCGGUCCAAGCGUUCCUCAGGCAGACUCAGUGGCUGUGAGCGGUCUAGGUCACUGUGCUCGUCUCCACUGCCUGACCCCAGCCCUUCCCUCACCUCUUCAUCCUCCUCCAGCCCCAGUGAUUGGGGGGUGCAGAACCGCAUUCCCAGCCCAGCCCGAGGUUUGUCUCGAGGACCCAGUCCCAUUUCUCUGAGCACUCAGGAGUCCUGGCCUGUAGCUGCAGCCAUUACAGAGUACAUUAACGCUUACUUCAAAGGAGGAGAACACAACCGCUGUCUAGUUAAGAUCACUGGUGACCUCACCAUGUCAUUUCCUGCUGGCAUCACCCGCAUUUUCACCGCCAACCCUAACACACCAGUACUAAGCUUCCGAUUGGUCAACAUCUCUCAAGUGGACCACUUCUUACCCAAUCAAAAGCUACUCUACAGUGACCCAUCUCAGAGUGACCCAGACUCAAAAGAUUUCUGGUUCAACAUGCAGGCCUUAACACUUCACCUGCAGAGAGAGGCAGAGCUCAACCCACAGGCCUCCUAUUACAAUGUGGCUCUUCUUAAAUACCAGGCGUCGUCUCAGGAUCCAGGUCGUGCUCCGCUCCUGCUUUCUGCCGAGUGCCAGCGCAGUGGCACGGUGACUCGUGUGUCUCUGGAUUACCACUGCUGCCCGGCAACUGCCCCGGCCGCUCAGCUGACCUCCAUGCAGGUGCUGCUGCCCCUCGAUCACACUGCUACAGACCUGCAGUGCCAGCCGCCCGCAUCCUGGAACUCUGAGGAUAGAAGACUACUGUGGAAACUGCCCAACCUCUCCCCGACCAAUCAUAGCAAAGGGUCUGGCACGUUGUGCGCCAGUUGGCAGUGCCUGGAGGUGCCCCGCGGUCCUCCCCCGAGUCUGGCCGUGCAGUUUGUGGGUUUGGGAGCUUCUCUCACAGGCAUGGACGUGGAGCUGGUGGGAAGCCGGUACCGCAUGUCACUGGUGAAGAAGAGGUUUGCCACAGGAAAGUAUAUGGCCGGUUGUUGUUUGUGAGAGAGGUGAUGGUGCUUGGUCUGGCACCACAGAGGCACAACAUUUGCACUUUUUUUUACCUCCCUGGGCUGGUGGAGCCGACUACGUGCUGCAGGCCAGAAGAAGAGAGUUCACAUGGUACACAGUGUGACAUAAAUGGGAAAUAGCUAAUACCAUGAUGCAUUGCUCUAGGAAAAAUAUGCAUUGGAAACGGACAACAACCAGCCUGAGAUCUGACUUUUCCUGGUCUAUGAAUGCUGAACUGCUGAUAAACUCUCAAGAACCUCUUCUCUUUUAUCUCUAUAGAAUUGUUUGUUCUGUGUGCAAACCGUACCUUUAACAGCUACAAGUUUGAAAAACUGGAUGUACAUUUGUUUUUUUCAUCUUUUGUGAAAAUGUGUGAAUGAUUAAGUAUAAACAUGUAUAAAUAAUGGAUAUGAAAAUUCUGAAAUUAUAUUGACACAAAAUGUUCAUGUUGAGUAUUCAAGAAUAAUUUAAUAUGUGAAGCUUGUUUGAGUCUAUUUGUGUGACUUAUGUGUAUACAGUUCUUUCUUUCUCCCAUAAGCAAUGAUGAUAAUCCAGACUGACUUAAUCAUGUGAAGGAUUUUCACUAUUUAAAAUGCCAACUCGAUGUCAAGAAUGGAAUUACUACUAGUGAAAGUGCUAUUUUUUUAAUAUCAGUGAUUUCAUUUGCACUAGUAAAAGCAUAAAUGUUUUUGUUAAAAAAUAAUGACAUUACUCAAAUUCUUGAUUCCAAAUAUUGAAUUUCAACUAGUAAAAAAAUUAAUUCUUGAUAUAUGUAAUUGCAUUUCACUAGUAGAAUUUCAAAGAUCUAGUUUAAGAUGCAAAAACAUAUCUGUGAUUAAUUUCUUAGUUGAAAUUCCCAUUUGACAUAAAUAAGCAUUUUUAUUAAGUGCAUUGCUGAUAUCAAUAGAAAAAUAAUUAAUUGUUAUUAGUGCAAAUGUCCAUUCCUAAAAGCAACAUAACUGCAACAAGUACAAGUACUUGUUUUGUUAUCUAAUUUGGUUUUCACUGGUGUCAAUGUUCAUGUUUAGAUAUCUGUAAUGUGAGCGUAACUAUUAGGAAAGCCUUUUAGAGAACUUUAUUCUCCAAUUUAUUGAUAUCUGAAUUCUAUUAACAAAUUGAAUUGCAAUUCUAUUGUUGAUAUAAGGAAUGUAUAUCUGUAAUCAUAACAAUGUAAUUAUUGAUAUCAAAAAUGAUCAUUUUAACUAGUAAGAAAUGAAUAGAUAUCUGUUUGUCACUACUGCAAAUCCUUUUAAUGCACUGGCCGUGUUAAAAUCAAUGCCUUUGCAGUCUUCUCCAACGCACUGUAAACUCUAGUGCGUAAACAGUGCUGAGUAAUAAUGGAUUACAUGUAAUCAGGAUUAUGUAACCAGAUUGACAAUAUAGUACUUGUAUUUGGAUUAAAUUACAUUUUAAAACACUUGUAA